AUGGCCAACGAGAUAAUGCAUAGUGAGAACACUCCAAGCUAUACUACUCCCUGGUCUGAUGGAGACUACCUGUCGGCAUUUAGAACUCAACCGGCGCUAAGAGUUGCAGGACUUGACAACCAUCAUGGUGGGCCGUUGAUGAAAGCGCUGGCCCCUGCGCGGCGAGGAUGCAAAACUCGACGCGCGCAUCACAAAUCCAGAAAUGGCUGCAGGAAUUGUAAGAGUCGACGAGUCAAGUGUGAUGAAGCAAGGCCUGGAUGCAUGAGGUGCCAAGUAUAUGGCGUCACGUGUGACUAUACACUUGCACAAUAUAAAGAUGGAAAGCAGCCAUUGAUGGCGGCUCCCUUGCGUAGUAACCCACUGCAUCGCAAUGGCUCAUUGGCAUUCGAUGCAAUGGCGGUCAACAUCGACGCCGUCCUACAAGCCGGUAUGGGGGACGAAACCAGCCACCUAUUCGGGUCCAGUAGCAAUGUUGGACUACUUGGCCUGGACACUCUCGCCCAUUUUUCUAGAAUGGUAGCGGUACACACACCUGGAUUUGCCCAUGUCAAACAAGUAUUUCGAGAACGUACCAUCCACAUGGCUCUAACGGAACCCUGUCUUCUGCAUGCUAUGCUGGCAGUAGCAAGCACCCAUAGAGCAUCUGUAUUACCCUCCGAUCCAAGUUAUAGCAUGGUAGCCGCGCGCUUUCGACACGAUGCCGCGCGUAUGUAUCGACAACAGUUGCAAUCGCCCAUUGGCCGGCACAACAUGGACGUGUUAAUGUCGACCUGUAUUCUCGUCGGCAUGUUCUCCUUUUGUAAGGAGAACAUAGACCCAAACGAGUCAUGGGUGCUCUCAGAUGACUCCAGCGCUAUGAACUGGCUUUUUGUCCAAGGCGGGCUGCGUUGUCUUAUAGAAUUGGUCAACCCAUGGCUAGAUGAAAGUAUCUGGAGCGAAGCAUUUAAAGUGGCUAGCACCUACGACUUCUAUGAUGACCACAGAACCGGUCGCGAAGACCUCGAUCAUGAUCUGGCCGACGUAUGUGACAUCAACGACGACACCACCGAAGAAACAAACGCGUACCACUGGCCCCUUCGCAUGCUGUGCCCGUUACUGCGGAUUCCUCGACAUAGGUCUGAAGAGUUUCGCAUGACAAACUUCAUGGGAAGGCUCCAGCCGGAUUUUCUCAGCUUGCUAGCGGCCAGGGAGCCUCGUGCCUUGCUUGUAUUGGCGUAUUGGCUGGCGCUGAUGUGCACGUCCGUCCAUGAAUGGUGGGUGGAUGCUCGAGUUCGGUCCGAAUGUCAGGCUAUCUGCAUAUAUCUUGAAACGCAUGGUGAUCAGAGAAUUGUCGAUUUGCUUGAGUUUCCGGCUACAGCCUGUGGGUAUCGAUAA